AUGAAGAGACAAUCGAUUGUAGGUGAAGAGAAAACAUUAAAGUCGCUCCAGAAAGCCUCUGAAGCUUAUUCGGCUUACUUAUCGUCAUAUGUUGAGGCUUUAAACAAAUAUAUUGGCCAUCAACGUCGAAUUUCUACGUUACGCUUCGAAAGAGCCACGUUAAUAAAGUACGUCAAGAAACUUAGGUUUUUCAACGAAGAACUGGCGAGCCUGGACUUGUUGCACGAUCCGAAGACCUUAGAAUUCACUGUUUCGUCAUUAGCGUCAUCUUUCAUAAGAUGCCUCGAGGUCGUCGAUCUUUUGAAUUACUACCUCACGCAAGCACUCAAAAACGAGACCAUCUCCAAGACCUUGAACUAUGACCUGAUCGUUGGUGAGAGCUGUGUCGCGUUCAUUGAUAAUACGUAUCGGCAUUUCGUGAAAUUCACGCAGUGGAUGCUCGAAGCCCUAGACAUACACGACCCGACCUUGACUAUUGAAGUUCUGCAAUUUGCCCGCAAAUGUGCGCGAGAAGAUGGUCUGAACAUUGAAGACACGGAGGACAUUUUACUGCAAGAAGUCGGCAUUGUAGAUGGUAUCGCCGAGUACCAGUACUUGCUAGACGAAUGGUGUACGGUGCUUUCGGAACAAGUCAAGUUUUUAAAUGAAGCUUUUGAAGUGGAAACUGUGCGUUGGAGCAAAGUUUUUGAGACUCGUAAAUGA